GAGAAAACCAUAUCUUCAUGCCCAAUUGCUUAUCAGAUGGUGUCUCCGGUACAAGGAGCUUUUAUGAAGUUUCUAGUACAGAUGAGUAAAGCUACAAGAGUGCUGGAGAUUGGAGCUCUCACUGGUUAUUCGGCGUUGUGCAUGGCCGAAGGUCUAAAAGAACGAGGAUCAGAGGCAAAAAUAGUUACGCUAGAAAAGGACGUAGAGAAUUUUAAGAUGGCAAAAGAGAACAUAGAAUCUUCAGAACUUGGACACCUGAUUGAGCUGAAACUUGGCGACGCAGUUGAUACACUUUCAAAUUUGGAUAAUUCGGUACAAUAUGACCUGAUAUUUCUUGAUGCUGAUAAGAUAAAUUAUAUCAAUUAUUAUAAUAUUAUUCUCGAACGAAAUCUUCUUUCUGAUGAUGGAUUUAUCGCUGUUGAUAAUGCAUUAUCUGAAGGUCUUGUAAUACAAGUGGCCAAAGGAGAAGACCUCAGUCAAAUUCCUGACUGGGCUAAAUACAUGCAUGCAUUUAACGAAUACGCCGCCAAUGAUCAACGAACUACACAAAUACUUUUAGCGUGCUUUGAUGGAGUUUUGUUAAUUCAAAAAAAAAAACCUUAA